AUGUUGGAUCUCGUGGAAAUCUGGUCGGAAGUAUCUAGUGCCAUUUUUCGAAAGAAAGAAGUACUUCCAAUUGUUUCUGCUUUACCAACUUCCCAUUGAAAAGCUAAACUUUGAAAGAAAGUAGUCGAACUCAGUCGGAUCUCAUUUCAAACUUCCCAUGUCCACACAUUCAUAAGCAUACAACUUUGCACCUUUUUCCACUCCAAGGGAAAAUUUCUCCUUUUUUCCUGUCUCCCAGAGCUACAUAUCAUAUCACGAUUUUACGACCGCCUCGUUCUUUCUAAAUGAGAUCUUUCUGCGCCAAUGCCGAUUUUGCUUUCAUCCGCCGUUUUUUUUCUCAUUUCGAAUAGCUUGUUGAAUAAUUCAAUUUUUUUGCUCAUAAAUCGCACAAACUCUCAGCCGGGCUCAUCUUCGGACUUCUUUCGACCGAGUCUUGCCACAAACAACCUGAUCAUCUUCACGACGAUCUGAAACCAAUAUAGAUGAUGAGAUAAUUGUUUUCGGCUUCGAAUUUUGAGAGAGCGAAGGAAAUUUUCAAAGAGACACGCAAAGAAAAGAGAAUUUGACUGCUCCCGAGAGGCAGAAAAAGGCUUCUAACCCAAUUAAGGACCGCUUCCGUGCAGUCUUUCAAUUAUUGCAAACUUACUUGUUGCCGUGGUCGUCUUGGCCCCUUAUUACCCGCACCAGGGCCUCGUUUGCAGCUAUCGACGACUUCCAUUGCGACGUCACCCUCUGGAGACCUCAGUCUUCGUCCCACGACUCCAGAAAGCCGCAUCAUGCAAGCCGCCUGGGAAAAACAAGUGAGUUUAUGACGAGUUUAACGACCUACCGGCAUAAAACAAAUUAAUUGCAAGUACAUAAGUCUGAGGUCUGAGAUUGGGAGAAAAAUCGGAAGAAGAAAUUUCUUAUUUACUACUCAGUCAAUCAUCAAAGGGUUUAUUGCAGUUUUGCCGGUUACUCUCGACGCCUACUCUUUCUGAAAAAAAAUUAGAUAGUUCGUGAAAUUCAAGCCGGAAAAGGUAGUCCUCAUGAUGUUUGAAAGUAUAACUACCGUCGAAUCGAAAAAAAUUCUUCUUCAGUAGACGCCUAAAUUUGAAUUUUUCAUUUUAAUAUUUAUGGCUCUUCUCUAGUUUCAAUGUGAAAAGCAGGAAUUCGGGGGAGAAAAAAGAUGGCUUUUUUUUGGCUAAUUCAAUUUGACAACGGCCGCUGUUCAGGCUGUUCAUUAUAUGUCUCCGUACGAACGGCUUCUCUCAUAAUUAAAAACGGAGUUUUGAUGGCCGAUUCCUUUUUGUGUUCGAAUUCACUCAGGAAAGAGAGGUGGAAAUGUGAGAAAAGGCGAUUUUCCGAGAGUGAGCUCCAUGGGAAAAUAAGGAGAACUUCUGGAUAGACUUUUCGCGAGGAGAAGUUUAUUUUCUCGGCGAAAAAGAGUCGAAACUCACAACUAGAAAUAAAACCAUGUUUACAAAUCGUUUAUUCCAGAGAAUUCUGACUCGGGAGUUCGAGUCGAUACAAUUCAGAUACAUGAGGAAUUCUGAAAACAUUGCUGUAGUAAGACUUUGUUGCUCAUGACGGGAAAAGAAAGUCUGACCUGUCUGCGUCCAUUUUUCUCUCACCGACAAUAGGAACGAAAAAGGCCUAAUAGAUUUGACUGUUGUCGAGAAAUUAAAACGCUGAGAAAUCAGAAUACUGUGACCACUCACACAAAAAAGGCCCAAAAAAAGGCCCAUUGAUAAAUUGUUUGAUAAUACCUCAAAACAACUGGCCGUUUGCAGGAGCCCCCGUCAAUUUCCAUCACGAGGACACGUCGCGUCUCCGUCAGUUCGCCGCUGCGAUUCACUCGCACGUUCUCGGAGGAUUCUCUGGACUCAAUCGAAAAGAGCGGUCGCAAGGAACUUCGGCGACAGCGUCUUCUCGACUUCUGCGAUAAGGUUGCUAGUUUCCAGAAGCCUUAUCUAGUAAUUUAAACAUUUUAAAGUAUUUUUGCGACCUCAGCAAAAAAAAGUAGAAACCGUUUUAACAAUGAUAAGUGUUGUUGCGGAAUAGUGUCUUCGAAUUAUCUGAUUCUUGUUUCAGUUUCAGCAAGGCUGCUCGCUGUACGUGCACCCGCCAUGUCCUCAUCUUGGCGACGUCGGCAGAUCGCGCACCGAAACGACAGAAGCCGACCUGCGGCUGCUCUCUUCGCCCAUCGACAGAAGAACUAAACUUUCUGCCGGAGACUUAUCUCGUCCCCUUUCUCCGACGCGUCGCAACCUCAACGAGCUGCUGGGUUCGUCAAUUUUCUUUUUUGCACUGUUAGAUUCGAAAAUCCACUAAUCCAGCUGGAUGUACAUAUCGGAAAAGCCUCUCGGUAUAAGCCCCUGAAAUUAGGAAAUUCAAAGAGAACUUUCUUGCCAGAAACCCUGAGGAUUUUUAGAUUUCAUAAGCUUUAUUCAUCACGUUUUUUCUUCUUCGGGUUUACACACGCCUCGCUUUGAACCGGCUUAUAACCGCUUUUCGGAUAAUUCCAAACAUAUGAGCCGAUCUUUUCUGCAUGGGGUUCUAAUCUCUGGGCGGCUCUCCACUUCCAUCACUUCGAUUUCAUUUUUUUUUCCUCCCAUUUUGUACUCGGAUGAGUUUUCCGGACAGCAUUCUGUCUAAAGUGAGAAAGAGAAAAAGCAGUCGUUCUAGUCGGUCGAGCGUUGUCGAAAACACUGAAACUCCUUUUGAGUCGGUCGCCAGCAAGGCAGGUUUGUAAUUAUCUAAUUGUUUUGGAGUUCUCUGGGGAAAAAAAAAUGUGAGAUAUUCUUUAGAAAUAGAUUUUUCGAUUUGAUUGUAGACCAGAGCAUCAGAGCAGCAAUUAUACACAUUUUCAAAAAAUUUUCGCUCCCAAAGACUUGAUUUUGAGCUUAUAUUAAAGCUUCAGGGAGAAGCAAGAAAAAUUCAGGCAAUAAAUAACUCAAGUUUCAAUGCUGUCUAGACUGUCUCAAACUUCCUGGUUUUUGACGUUAAGCAUGAAGUUUUAGGUUUUGAAACUUAUCACAGCUUUUCUUGAAAUAUAUAAAAUGCAGUAUUUGAAAAUAUAUAUAAAGGAGUCUUUUUCUUUUUUAAAAUUUUUUUGAAGCGAUUUUUACAUUUGUUUCAGGCUUGACGGCAUACCAACAGAAGCUGCUCCUGCAGAGCUGGCCGAACAUUUACGCGACAGGCUCCAAUGCGCAAUUCGCCUCCAGCCUCUACACGGUUCUGUGCAACAAAAACCCCAAGGCUCGGCAAUUACUUGCGAAAGUAUUUCUGAUGCCUGUUUCAAAUUGUUUGACUGGAUAUCCCCAGGCGAACGGAGUGGCUGUCUUCGCCAACAGCGACGUCGACUGCACGGCAAUGCACGCGAGGGCCACCGUCGAACUGCUCGACGCCGUCGUCCGAGGCCUCGACUCGGACCAUUCUCGUCUCACCAACUACAUCAUCGAGGUUUUCAAUCUUCUUCACAAUAUGGAUAGCGAGAAUGUCCGUUGAGAAGAUCUCUUUUGGGUAUCAGAGUUUCUCGAAGACCAUAAUUACGCCAUUUAAUUAAGAUUCCUAACUUCCCAGUUUUUUGGAGACCAAUCCUCAAAAUCUCAGUCGACAGCACAAAGUAGCCUAUUUUCCCUUUGCCAUACGAAGAAGGUUUUGAGCAUGUUUUCAUAAAAUCAAUCCACUCUGAAACUCUGACUUCGGGAUCUCUUAGAGUUACUCGCGGCAUAGCGAACUUCCGUCUGUUGUUUUCCUAGUAAUUAGUCUCACAAUGAUCUAAUGUCAACCCUCCGGGAGAAAAUCGUGUACUGUACACGGAAAAGUGCCUGACACAAAACUCAGAGUGUUUUUUGUUUACUUUGAGUUUUGGCUUUCAUUCUCAAGGUUUUCAUUAAUAAAAAGUUGACAAAGGGAAAGCAGCUUUUUAUUAACUCACUUCAGCUGGGACGAGCACAUCGAGGACUGCGGCAAGAAGGACUUUCGAUCGCCGUUUGGGAUGAUCUCGGUUGGAUCAUUCCACUUUUUGUCCAGCAGAACCGGGUUUCAGGCGACGCCGUCAUGGACUGCGCUCGGAAGUUCGAAGUCGUCAGGAAACACAAAGAGUUGCGGCGAGCCUGGCUGGCCGUCAUAGCCUACAUAAUGGAUAACCUCAAACAGGUUGCCGCGUUUAAAACUUUUUUUUCUUGAUGUCACUGAAUUAAUUUCCAUCGGAAAUUUUUUUUUCAACGAGUAGGUCGCCAAUUUCCAUGUUAGUUUCUUUUAACUUUUUUCGAAAUGGUCGAACUUUUUUUGAAAAAAGUUGAAAAACGCGUGAGCGGUAAAAGUUAAAUAAGUUAGUGCCAAACGGGACAGUUUUACUGUUUGCUUCCGUUUCAAAAAGACAGCAAACAGUUCAGGGACAGUCGAUGACGCGGGCUUCAUCGAGUUUGGAGAUUUCUUCGCCGGAUUCUCAGGGCUCGGUUUUCAAAAAGAAUUCGUUCAGCCUUUCAUAA